ACGAGCCUUCGUCUCCUCCUCCCUUCUCCUUCCUACCAACUCCCACUUCUCCUAUUUUCUCUAUAAACUCACACCUUUGCUUUCACCCACCUAGCCACUACCACUACACCCCCAGAAAAUAAAUUUACAGCCAUAGGAGUAUAUAUAGAGAUCACCAUUUUCAGUAUUUUUUGUAUAUCAAAAUUUCAUGGUUUGUGGCUUUUUUAAUAAAAUAAUGAUGCUUGUUAACUGUUCCAAUUGCCACACACCUUUACAAUUGCCACCGGGGGCAAAAUCCAUUCGCUGCGCAAUCUGCCGAGCCAUUACCCUCAUCGCCGAUCCUCGCACUGCCCCGCCACCGCCACCACCAGCUUCCGCCUAUAACAACCACUACUAUCCUCCGGCCCCUGCCCCAUCUCCUUAUAAUUAUCACUCAACUACCAGUCAAACUCCCUCGCCGUCGUCACGCGGCGGCCGGAAGAGAGCUGUGAUUGUCGGGAUUUCGUAUAAGAAUACCCGGAAUGAACUGAAAGGCUGCAUCAAUGAUGCUAAAUGUAUGAGGCACUUGCUGACUAAUCGGUUCAAAUUUCCUCAAGACUCCAUUCUCAUGCUUACUGAAGAAGAGAGGGAUCCAUACAGAAUUCCAACUAAACAUAAUAUAAGAAUGGCAAUGUACUGGCUUGUGCAAGGAUGUCAAGCAGGGGAUUCUCUGGUCUUUCAUUAUUCAGGUCAUGGUUCACAACAAAGGAACUACACUGGAGAUGAAGUUGAUGGGUUUGAUGAAACACUUUGCCCUUUGGAUUUUGAAACUCAGGGAAUGAUUGUUGAUGAUGAAAUUAAUGCAACACUAGUUAGGCCCCUUCCACGUGGCGCUAAGCUUCAUGCUAUUAUAGAUGCUUGUCACAGUGGUACUAUGCUAGAUCUACCGUUUCUCUGUAGGAUGGACAGAACUGGACGAUAUGUAUGGGAAGAUCAUCGUCCUCGAUCAGGAGCAUGGAAAGGAACAAGUGGUGGAGAAGUUAUAUCCUUCAGUGGUUGUGAUGAUGAUCAAACCUCAGCUGAUACGGAUAGUUUGUCCAAGGUCACUUCAACUGGUGCAAUGACCUUUUCCUUCAUCCAAGCAAUUGAGCAUGGACAAGGAACUACAUAUGGGGGUAUUCUAAAUGCAAUGAGAUCUUCCAUUCGCAGUUCUGAUAGUGGUAUAGGGGGUGGCAUUGUCACAUCUCUUCUGACAAUGCUGAUUACUGGAGGAAGUGUUGGUAUUGGAAUGAGACAGGAGCCACAGUUAACAGCCAAUGAGCCAUUUGAUGUUUACACCAAGCCAUUUUCGUUAUAGCAUCUUAUCAAGCAACAGUACCAACCCAGGUCUCAACUUUUCAUAUUGUUUUGGGUGUAGAGUUCCUGUACAGUUAGUCAGUUACUAAGAAGGCACUCGCAAAGUAUUACGUAAGAUUUUAUAGUUUUACAAUUUCAUACAAGCUAUUCAUGUAAAACUGUGAUUGUUGUAGUAGGAAUUUCAUUUGUAUUGGAGUAUUAAGAUUCUGAAGUUCUUCAAUUUCACACAAGUUAUUCAUGUAAAACUGUGAUUGUUACAGUAGGCAUUUCAUCUAUAUUGCUGGA